ACAGCGGCAUGCAACGUAACACCAUCACACGCUCCGGCCCACCGGCGCCAUCAACAGUGUUGUGACUCUCAACACAAAGAAUCAGCCAUGAAGUAUUUCGCCGUGCUGGCCACGCUCGCCGUCUUGUCGGCGGCCGACGGUAGGCGCCUCUUCAAGCGGCCGCAGCUGUUCCGUCCAGUGUUCGUCGGCGGCGACGCCUCCGGCCAGGCUGACGGCUCCGUCACCUCCGGCGUCUCGGAGACGGCGUUCGGACGAGACCAGAUCGACUCGGCCGUCUCCAGCGUUCGCGGCCAGGCCAACGGUCUGGGCAGCAGCAGCACCAACACGGCCAACGCCGACGCGCGCCGCUCCGAGAGCGUGCUGGGCGUGCAGCGGACCUCCGACACGAACGCCGUCUCGGUGCAGGACAGCAACGGCGCCGUGCUGCUGCCGGUCGGCGGUCUGUUCCAGCGGCCGUCGCUGUUCAAGCCGGCGCUGCUGCCCGGCGGCGCGGCGUCCGGCUCCGCCGACGGCUCGGUGACGACCGGCACGUCCGAAGGCGUCAACGGCUUCACCCGCGUCACGUCCGUCACGUCCAGCGCCGACGGCAGCGUGCACGGCAGUGGCAGCAGCGUGAGCGUGGCCAACGCCAGCAACCAGCGCACGGAGACGGUCGAUGGCGUCUCUGAGACGUCCGACACGGGCGCUGUCUCGGUGCAGAACACCGGACGCUGAACGCACUGCAUCAUAUGGUCGUGAGUCAUUGCUCAAUGUUCGUCGCGGUUUGAGAAGAGGGAUGGACUCUCAUGGCUCGUUUGCUGUUUGUGCUGUGUAUCGCCUGUGACUGUCAAGUAUUACCCCAAAGAUGAAGACACGACGUGCAAUACAAAUCGAGAAUAUGCAACUGAUGAGCCUUUGUAAUAAGUUGUUCGACAGCGCGUCACAAGGCGUUUCCAAGGAAGAAUGUUUUUGACUUAAGACUGCAGCUGUCAGAGACCUUUGCUCGUCAAUCAGAUGUGGUAAAUGAUAAGCCGGGCGACUGUUUUCGCAGGUCUUGGACGAGCUGAAAAUGAACACUCCAAAGAUGUCUCGUUUGUGUGCUCAUAUGUUAUUAGCGUAUGCAUCAUUCAAACCAACAGCUACUACAAAUGUAACCUAACCUAGGUUAUUGUAUGCUGCACAUUGUAUGCAUCUAAUCAAAACAUACCUUCAACAUCAACUCAAUCAAUUGCGGGGUCAUAUUCACUAAACAGAGAAUUGUGCUGUCCAGAGCAGUUUUCCACUUAAAAUUAUGCCAGUAGUUAAGAGCGAGCCACACUUUAUUUACAGAAAUUGAGAUGUGGGCGCCGGGCGCGGUGAUGCGGAAUAACUGUCGUGUAAGCACAGUGCAUGAUGAGCAAAUAAAACAAGUAAG